AUGGCGGAGAAUCUGGGGCUGGGCUUCGGGGAAACAGCCAGUGUGGAAAUGCUGCCUGAGGAAGGCAGCUGCACGCCCAAGGCCAGAGGCAGGCUGGCAGCCAGGAGCAGCAUGCGCUGGGCUCUCACCUGCUGCCUGGUAUCGCUACCCAUCCUGGCAGGACUCACCACCUACCUGCUCGUGGGCCAGCUCCGGGCCCAAGGAGAUGCCUGUGUGUUCCAGACUUCAAAAGGGCAAGAGUUUGGACCUUCACAUCAGCGAGCUUAUGCAAUUUCCGGAGUUGCUGGAGAUAAGCCAAGGGCACACCUGACAGUUGUCAGACAAAGUCCCACACAGUCUUUGAAAAAUCAGUUUCCGGCUCUGCACUGGGAACAUGAACUUGGCUUGGCCUUUACCAAGAACCGGAUGAACUACACAAAUAAAUUCCUGGUGAUCCCAGAGUCGGGAGACUACUUUGUUUACUCCCAGGUCACGUUCCGAGGAACCACAUCUGAGUGUGGUGAAAUCCACCAAGGGAGCCUACUAAACAAGCCAGACUCCAUCAUCGUGGUCAUCACUAAGGUAACAGACAGCUACCCCGAGCCGACCCAGCUCCUAAUGGGGACCAAGUCUGUGUGCGAAGUAGGCAGCAACUGGUUCCAGCCCAUCUACCUAGGGGCCAUGUUCUCCUUGCAGGAAGGGGACAAGCUGAUGGUGAACGUCAGUGACAUCUCUUUGGUGGAUUACACAAAAGAAGAUAAAACUUUCUUUGGAGCCUUCUUGCUGUAGGGGCAAGGUGGGCAUCCUCGUGUGAAGGUCCUCUGCCUCCUAGUUCCUAAUUUUCUUCACUCAUACGUAAUUAUAACAAGGUUUUUGUUUUUGUUUUUGUUUUUGUUUUUGGACCAUUCCACAGAAACGGUGGCUUAGCUAUGAAAU